AUGCCAAUCAAUUAAACAGUAAUGAUUUAAAAGAAAAUUUCGUGGAUUUAAAAAGAAAUUUGAUGAUAAGUAUAGGAAGCACUUUAUCAAUAUCAGUAUGGUUUGGAUGAGCUUUAAUUGAAAGAAUGUAAAGAGAAGUUAGAAAAAAAAGAAUUCCUAUUCCUAUUGGUAAUGGACAAUUAUGAUGAAAUGAAGAAAAACUUAUAUCUUAAUAAUAAACUUAAAUAGAAUUGGUAAAACCUAAUUAUAAUUUUUACAAAAAGUAGGGAAAUUGAUAAGUAGAAAUUAUUCUGUGUGGUUUAAACCGGAAGAUAAGAAUAUAUUAAAAGAAAUCAAACUUCUAAAAUUGAAUUCUCAAUCAAUAGGAAUAUCUAGAAAAUUUUUUAAUUUAGAGUGUUAAAAUGUUGAUUUUUGAAUUAGUAAACACAAACUUAAAAGAGAAAAGUGAUUGAUAUCGAAAAGUUGAAAUUUUUUGAGAUCAAUUAUAGUUAUUUAUAAAAAAAGAAAUAUCAUUGAUAGGGGAAAAUCUGUUGAAUUAAAAAUAAAUAAACUAUAUUCAUCGUUUUUUUUAGAAUAAUAAGUUUAUAUCUUUAAAAGUCAUGAUGCUUUAAGAAGUCUGAGCUUAAAUUUACAAAAACUGUGGAGCGUUAAAAAGUAUGACAAAAUGAUAAGAUAAAUCAAUUUAAAUAAAUUGAUGGUAACUCCUUUUAUGAUGGAUAUAGUAGUUUAAGUUGUUGCCCUUAAUAUAAAUUUAUCAGUAACAAUAGAAAAAACUUUUGGUAUCAAAUAAUUAAUAUGA